CAUUUUGUUCAAGUGCUAACCGCUGGUCACUAAACUUUUCCAAAUUCUCGAAGGAAUGAUACGAUAAAAACAUGGGCAAGAAACAGCAUCAAAAAGACAAAUUAUAUAUCACAAACAAGGAAUGGAAGGAAGAGUGGGGAGGAAAAAGACCAGAUGCUGGUGAGAGAGCAGCAUUCAGAAGGCUCCCUUUCCAUUGUUGCAGUCUUUCCCUCCAGCCAUUUGAACAUCCACUUUGCACAAAGGAAGGGGUUAUCUUUGAUCUUGUUAAUAUUGUUCCAUACCUGAAGAAAUAUGGCCGAAAUCCGGUGACAGGAGAGCCUAUGCAAGUCAAAGAAUUGAUAAAACUACACUUUCACAAGAAUGCUGAUGGAAAAUACCACUGUCCUGUUACUUACAAGGUCUUCAACCAAAAUACCAAUAUUGUUGCCAUAAAAACUUCUGGGAAUGUUUACUGUUUAGAUGCUGUAGAGCAGCUAAAUUUUAAGGCAAAGAACUUUAGAGAUUUACUCACUGACGAGGCGUUCACCAGAAAAGAUGUCAUUACCCUACAGGAUCCAAGUAAAUUGGACAAGUUUAACAUGUCUAAUUUUCACCAUCUGAAAAAUAACUUAAAAGUCCUGGAUAAAGAUGAAGAGAGAGCAAAACAAGAUCCAAAGUACUAUUUGAACAAGACAAAUAAAGAAACAGAAAGCAUCCUCAAUGAACUGGACAAAACCUUCAAAGAACCUGAAAAGAAAAAGGAGGAAGACAGAGAAAUGGUGACAGAUAGAAAUGCUGCUCACUUUUCCACUGGUGCUGUUGCCCAAUCAUUUACGUCUACUGCACAAGACAGGGUCACAGAGCAGGAGGCUGCUGUUGUUGAUAAAGAUGUGGUGAGAUAUCGGGAAGUAAAAAAGAAAGGAUAUGUGAGGAUACAGACUACACAUGGAGACUUGAAUCUUGAGCUGCACUGCGAAAUGGUCCCAAAGACUUGUGAGAAUUUUAUGAAACUCUGUGCAAAAGGUUACUACGAAAAUACAGUAUUUCACAGGUCAAUAAAGAACUUUAUGAUCCAAGGUGGCGACCCAACUGGGACAGGUCGAGGAGGAGAGUCAGCUUGGGGUGGCGAAUUUAAAGACGAAUUCAAGCCAAAUCUUAUACAUCAAGGUCGGGGAAUUCUUAGUAUGGCGAAUUCUGGUCCAAAUACAAAUAAAUCACAAUUUUUCAUCACAUACCGUUCAUGCCGCCAUUUGGAUCAGAAACAUUCCGUGUUUGGCAGGGUUGUUGGUGGUCUUGAGACGCUAAAUGCAAUGGAAAGAAUAGAAUGUGACGAAAAGGACCGACCGAAGGAGGCGAUAAAAAUAAAGAAGGCAGUAGUAUUUGUGGAUCCCUUUGCUGAAGUUGAUGAAGCGCUUAAACUGGAAAAGGAGAAAGAAGAGGAGGAACGCCAGCAGAAGGAAGAUGCUGAGAAAGCAAAGAAGCGAGCUGCCGCCGCAGAUGCUGGUCCUACCGUGCAUAGACCUGGCGCCACUGUCGGCAAAUACAUACCACGCGCUGCAGGUAAAACCGGUGCAGAUUAUGAAAGCACGACGUCACAGCCAGUAUCAAAGAAGUUAAAAAAGGCUUCCAGUGGUUUUAGCGACUUCAGCGCCUGGUAACCAUGGCAAUGAGCACGUCCCGCCUAAUUACCAUAGUAACAGAGGUAGCUAGGUAAAUAUUUUGAGGUAGCUUAUAGCUCGUGAAACGAUAACCUGGAUGCUGUCUUUUUUGGAUGAUGGAUCAUAACACAUGAUCAUAGUAUUAUAUUCUCGGAUAUUUUUAAUAAACCUAUUUAUUAUUAUUUUGAUGUUUUAUAAUGUUACGGAAAAUUAGUAUUUGCCGGAAAUUGACGCUUUGUUUUGCAUCCCUGGACCGUCAUUUUCUUGGUAUUAGUUCCUCGUUCAUGUGUGUAUCACAAAUUAUUAAGAAUAAGAGCAUGGGACAAUUGAAUUAAAAAUGUUUUCCUUUAUUUUCUUUUCUUGUAUUUUUAUAUAAGAAGAGUUUUGUUUGUCUCCGAUACAAAAACACGUCAAUACUAUAUCCAAACUUUAAAAAUAUGUAUUAAACCCUUUUAAGAACAAUAUUGCAUGUAAUCGGACCCGGUACUGUAUAUUAAAUUAUUUCACGCGGAAGAGACAAUAUUGGACAUGUUUUGGAUUUUGCAGAGGCUAUAAAUGCGCAAUUUUGCUACGAAAAAUAACUGUUUCACUCUUUUCGCUUUUUCUUGAGUCAAGCUAUUCAAAACGCGUCUUGUACGCUCUAGUAUUUCUCUAUAAACUUCAUCGUUUUGACCGUUUACUGAAAGACGACGUGACCAUAUACAUUCAUUUGCAUAUCGUGUCACACCUACUUAUCAUUCCAUCCAAGAUGGCGGUACGCAGCGAUUAUGUGAUGAAUUUCAAUGUCAGCUGAAUACUUUGUGUAUGAAUACAAUACAGCAGUAAUAAAAAGGGUUUAUCAUGAUCGAUUAUCA